AUGAGGGAUUUGAGGAAGUUAUCUGCCAACAUGGCACAUGUUGGCACAACGUGUGUGCUACCCAUUCAAAAAGGUUAUAGUAAAUACUUUCCUGAGAUGUAUCAACACAAUCCCGAUAUGGUACCAGAGUCUGUGUGGCCACGUUUGUGUGAUAAAUGGAAAAGGUUGUUAAAAGCUACCCAGAAGAACCGGAACACCCCUGAUUCCAAUAGGAGGACAUCAAGGCAUAUAGUCGGUAGCAUAGGAUAUGCCGAGCACCGUCGUAACUUGAGAGCACAGCUGGGUAAAGAACCCAAAUUUUGUGAUCUAUACGUGAAGACACAUGACACCAGUGAGUCCAAGAAAAGAUAUUUUGAGGGAGAACGUGAAAAUAUAGAAUAUUGCUUAGAAAAAGCCAAAGAUGCAAAAAAUGCAUAUCUAGAGGGGUUAGUGAUGAAAUAUGGAGAAGAUCCGGCAAACCAUAAGGACGAUGCGAAGGUUGAUAGGUUGCGUGAAGAAGUUUCUAACAUGCGACAAUUGCAAGAACAAAUGGCAAGGAUGGCGAGGAUGAUAAAUGUGACGCCAAAUCAAGCCUGUGAUCCCCCUCAUACUCCACCUGAGGAUGGUGCAUAA